AGGAAAUAAAAUAAUGCUAAUGAAGCAACCAUUUCCCUGAAUUUCAAGUUCUCAGGCUCACUGCCAUUAUGGAUGAGCAGCAAGCUUUGAAUUCAAUCAUGCAGGAUUUGGCUGUGCUUCAUAAGGCCAGUCGUCCUGUAUUGCCCCAGCAAGAAACAGGAAAACCAAAGUCAUCCUCACCUAAAAAACAGAAUGAUGUUAGAGUCAAAUUUGAACAUCGAGGUGAAAAAAGGAUCCUGCAAUUACCAAGGCCUGUUAAACUUGAAGAUCUUGCAGCUAAAGCUAAAGUUGCUUUUGGACAGACUAUGGAUUUGCAUUACAGCAAUAAUGAGCUUGUAAUUCCAUUAACCACACAGGAUGACCUGGACAAAGCUAUUGAACUGCUUGACCGUAGUGUUCAUAUGAAGAGUCUCAAGAUAUUGCUUGUAAUACAUGGAAAUACACAGUCACCCAGUGUAAAUAACGUGGAGCCCCUGCCCUCACUGGAAGAUUUAGAUAAUACAGUGUUUGGUGUGACAGACAGAAAAAGGAGACUGUCUGUAAUAGGUUCUAAUACCCGUGAUAGGAGUUCACCUCCCCCAGGAUACAUUCCAGAUGAGCUGCAUCAGGUGGCCCGAAAUGGGUCCUUCACCAGUAUCAAUAGUGAGGGUGAAUUCAUUCCAGAAAGUAUGGAUCAGAUGCUGGAUCCAUUGUCUCUGAGCAGUCCUGAAAACUCUGGCUCGGGAAGCUGUCCCUCACUUGACAGCCCUUUAGAUGGAGACAACUAUCCCAGAUCUCGGAUGCCAAGAGCACAGAGCUAUCCAGAUAAUCAUCAGGAAUUCUCAGUAGAGUAUGAUAUCCCAAUAUUUGAGAAAUUUGGAAAGGGGGGGACUUAUCCCCGAAGAUACCAUAUUUCAUAUCAUCAACAAGACUACAAUGAUGGUCGCAAAACUUUUCCAAGAGCCAGGAGGACUCAGGGGAACAGCUUCCGAUCCCCAGUCAGUUUCAGUCCCACCGACCACUCGCUCAGCACCAGCAGCGGAAGCAGCGUCUUUACGCCAGAAUAUGAGGACAACCGGAUGAGGAGGAGGGGAAGUGACAUAGACAAUCCCACCCUGUCAGUCAUGGACAUCAGCCCACCCAGUCGCUCACCACGAGCUCCAACUAACUGGAGGCUUGGUAAACUGCUGGGUCAAGGUGCAUUUGGCAGAGUAUAUCUGUGUUACGACGCUGAUACCGGAAGAGAACUGGCUGUUAAACAAGUUCAGUUUGAUCCCGACAGUCCAGAAACCAGCAAGGAAGUAAAUGCACUUGAGUGUGAGAUUCAGUUGCUGAAAAAUCUGCUGCAUGAAAGAAUUGUUCAGUAUUAUGGCUUCUUGAGAGAUCCUCCAGAAAGAACACUCUCUAUAUUCAUGGAAUACAUGCCUGGGGGUUCCAUCAAAGACCAAUUGAAAUCAUACGGAGCACUCACAGAGAACGUGACUCGUAAAUACACACGGCAGAUUUUGGAAGGAGUUCACUAUUUGCACAGUAACAUGAUUGUCCAUCGAGAUAUUAAAGGAGCAAAUAUUCUGCGGGACUCAGCAGGCAACGUGAAGCUCGGUGACUUUGGUGCCAGCAAACGACUGCAGACGAUAUGUCUCUCUGGAACAGGAAUGAAAUCUGUCACAGGAACUCCUUACUGGAUGAGUCCAGAAGUUAUUAGUGGAGAAGGGUACGGCAGAAAAGCAGAUAUCUGGAGCGUAGGUUGUACAGUGGUAGAAAUGCUCACUGAGAAGCCCCCCUGGGCAGAGUUCGAAGCAAUGGCUGCCAUCUUUAAAAUUGCCACUCAGCCAACCAACCCCCAGCUGCCACCUCAUGUCUCCGACCAUGCUCGGGAUUUCUUGAAACGGAUUUUUAUCGAGGCCAAGCUGCGACCAUUUGCAGAUGAACUGCUAAGACACACGUUUGCACACUAUCACUAACAGCCUGCCUCGACUCAGCUUGCGUCUACUGCGUUUAUUUUCUAUUUGACUGCACUUUUAUUUUUUAUUUUUUACAAAAAAGGAGGAAAAAAAGACAAGAGAGAGAAUAUUCUCUUGAAUAUUUGUUUCACUUAGAUUGUAAACAAUCUAAAUUUUGUAUCUAAAAUGAGAAUCUUCUCUCCCCCGCUCCCACCAGGACUAGAACUUUUUGUUUCUAUAAUGUACUGAUGUGGUUCAUGUAGAUAAAGCACUUUAGUACAUAUUUGUUCCUUAUUUAAAGGGGAAAAAAAAAAAGACAAAUGCUUGGACAGUCAGGAACUGUGUGACUUUUUCUGACACCGCUGACUGACUCAGGGUGCAGGGAAAAAUAGACAUGCAGCUAAAGGACAAGAAGGUUACUUCUUUGUGAUUCUUCUUUAUAUUGUAGGUACUUGCAGCAGAGAGUUCUACGUUCUUAUUAUAUAUUAGGGUUUUAAUCAGUUUCUGGAUUUUACAGUUUAAGCUGGAACACGCAGUUCUGAGAGCUAAUGGUAAAGCUGGAAGAACUUGGAACUCUUUGUACAGCAGCGCAUCUAACCGGUACUUCUAGGUGACCAAAAGGAAAAAAAACCAACAAAACAACUCAACACUGAUGUACUAGUUAGAGGUUUUGGUGUUGUAUUAUCUUAAUAGGAAAAUAAUUACAGGUAAACAGAUUAUGGACCCAGACUCAUAGGAACUACUAUACUGCAAGGGGAAAAUUUCCAUACUAGACAAGGGUCAGCUGAUGGAUGUAAAUAGUUAGGAGAAGGCCUCCUGCUCUAUCUGCCAAAGAGAACCUCUGUUGCACAAGCUUGGAGGAAGACGGUUAUCUUAGAUAAGAAAAAAAUGAUGUUGAGAGUCAGCUCUCCUCCACGAUCCCGUGAAUGGCUGGAGGGGAAGGGGAGUGACUAAUUCCUGUGCAGUAUAGGAGUUACUUGAUUCAGAAUGAGCUGUAAGAAAUGCUUUCAGAGCUGUCGAGAGGCGCUAGGGUGGAAUGUAUGUCAACAUCAAGUGCCUGAAUAAUGCAAAAUUCUUCUCAUUAUGCACCCAAAAAAAAAAAUUGUUUUACCAACACAGUUCAGUCAUCCAGGAUGUGUUGAAAAUUCCUGAAAUAAACAUCUUUUAACACCAGGAAUAAGUCACUGGGAAUGAUAAGACUCCAGUUAUAUUUUUAAUAAGGUAGCGAUGAUGAAUCUGUGUGAACAAGGAGGCACAGCACAAAAGAUUGUAUAGAACAGGCCAAAAGCGCAAAGACAGCCAGGUAUCAGAUAACAUGAGCGUGAUUACUCCAGCCUGAUAAUCCAGAUGAUUGGUGUUUGUCAGAUUUCCAGCUGUCAUAAAACGUACGUUAAUCACUUUUUCCAUUUCUGCAAGAGUGUAAUAAAAGAGCAAAAGGAAAACUCUGCAAUACUGCUUCUCAGUUGAGAAGUCCAGGUACUGAUCAGGUGUAGGGAAUAACUGACUUUUCACAACAGAAAAGUCAAACUUUCGUAUUUUUGUAGAAGAACGCAACAUAAUUUAAAAGGGCAUUUGGAAAUAAACUAUUGGACUACAGAACUGAAAUAACAUAUGCUGGUUUGGAUGAUUCAUUGCUUGCUUUUGUUGUUCUGGAAAGGCAGAGCGGGCUGGUACUGAGAACCUUGUCCGCUCUGACAAGGCUGUUUUGCAUCUUUAGAGGACUAUCAGAAUUACAAAGUGCAUGGAGAUAGAACAAUAAGGGUACCCCUUCCCAUGGCAAUUCACUCGUGAGGUGUCUGCAUUUAUUCUGCUAACUUCCAAAUUUUGUACGAGAGCGUAAGCAGGAGCAUGGAUCUAUCCUAAUCACUUCACCUGUAGUGGGGCAAGAAUGAUUUUUUUUUUUUUGAGGCCAUCUCUCCUGGGACUGAGAGUGGUUUUAUGUGAGUGCUUUACCCAGUUUAUAAUUUGCUCAGUCAGGGUACACAACUGUGCAAGGUUUUCUGAGCAUGGGAAGAACUAGUCAGACCAGGGAAGUUUGGAAGGCUGAAAGGAAAGUCAGCUUCUACUGACUUUUUUUUUUUGUUCUUUGUCACUGGAAAAAAGCUAUGAAAGCAGCCUUUUAAGAAUUGGUACGUACUCUGCUAUAAAGGACCUUUGCUUUAUAAGCAAAAUUUAGUGACAGCAGAGGUGGGGAGUUUAAUAUAAAGCCUAAUAGUUUACUUAAGUAAUUUAAAAAUCACGUAAUUGAAAUGAUUGGUUUCAAACAGAUUAAGAUGGUACUAGAACCAAGGUGAAAAUGUAUAUAAAAAUCAGUAGUGGACAGUGAUAUCUGAAAAGGUAAGGAAAUUCUAUAUUACCAAAAAGGACAUUAAAGGGAAAACGUAACCAGGUUUAUCUGUAGCAUUCCUAAUACUUCAAUAUAGUAUUCUAAAAAGAAACUGCACUCUCUGAAGCUUGAAAAUUUUCAGAAUCUAGUUUUCUUAUAAUGUGUCCUUUUUGGGAGACAGUGCUGGCUCAUGUAUAUUGCAAUAGCACUUCCUCAUUGUGAUUUUUAAUUACUGAAUAAUCAAGUUUGCUGCUUUUGUGCCUUUUCUAAAAAAAAAAAUGGCAUUCAGUCAUGACAACGGUAAGCAUUUUGGAGCCAGGAUGAGAAUUUGCAGAAUGCAUUUUCCUUAAUUUCUUGGAUAUAUCAGAAAGCUGCCAACGUAAAGACAGUGCUUUUUAAAUGAAGAUAAUGUUUGCCAGUUCAAGUGAUUCUAGUAAAAUUUUAUUAAUUUAACCAAGAUGAGGCUUGAGCUGGUUGGUUGGGUUUUUUUCACCCUAUGGAGAAUUUGUCUACUGGCUUAGAAGUAAAUUUGGUGCUUAUUAGCAUAAAUGUUUUGAGCUAGAAAGAAUUAUGGCGCUAAAUUAGGCUUUUACCAACAGGUUAGUUAAUAUUUACCCCCUACUGGGGGAGAAGAAAGUGCAGUAAAUAGCGCAGGAGCCCUGUAUACAACAUCUGUAAAACACUGGCAUCAACAGCUGGAGGGAUAACAAACCAACCCCAGGUCUUGAGAGGACACAUGGAAUUGCAUGUUUAAAACUCCAUCAGAAGAGGGUUGCAGAGCCGAGAUCCCUGCUGGCAGCUUCUCCUAUCUUACUAUCAGAGAUACCAGCAUUUCAGAAUCAUGAAUUAGUUUUAAUUGUUAAAUGCAAUUACUAGAAAAUGCCAAGGAAAACAAUACUGUUGCAGGGUUCUUUUGGUUUUCUGUAAAUGCCCCCAUGAAGCUCUGCUCCCAAAAAAUAAAGAUGGAGGUUCACAGUGAGUAUGUGUAUUUUCAAAAGACCUACCACUAAUGAUUUUCAUUACUUUGCAACGUUUGUUGCACAUAUUAAGUAACAAAAAUUAAGCUACUUCUGUCAGAUGGUUUUGCUGGUGUAACUAAGAGUCCCAUUGGAGCACGACUGAAAGUUCCAGUUGUGUUAGAGCAAGUUUUUAAUUUGGGUGAUAGAAAUACCCUCGCAAGGACUUAAAACACUAUGGAUCUAAUUAUUGCAAAUCAAAAUCUACAUAGAUGUUUUUCUUGACUGAUUAAAUAUAGUCUUAAAAUGUUAACUUCCUUUGCAAUUUGAUUUGUAGCGAAACGGUCCUUUCAGUAUAACAAAAUGAAAAGUUGGAUUUUUUUAGCUAGUGCCUUUUUAUCUGUAUGCCUUAAUUUUAUUCAGAUCUGAACACCGUGGUGAAAUACGUCAUACAAUUCCAUGUCACCUGAGCAGUCGUAGAGUAUGGGGUUGUUUUUUUUUCAGUGUCCAAACCAGAAUUCGCCCAGCUGCGUUUAGUUAUAGCCUGCAGCAGGCGUUUAAAUUCAGAAUUUCAAGGAGUGAUUUUUGGAGCACUUCCUGAGGGUUUCCUGUGCUAAUACAGGUGUUGUAUUUGUGGUUUGGAGAUUGCACGCUGAUGUAUGUACCAGAAAAAGGACUUUUCUGCACUCACAGAAAAUAAAAUCGACUGUUAAGAGUCGAGCUGCAGCCUCCUGGCCUCUGCCUUCACCGUGGGGACCGCGGCAGCGUUCCUAACGCGCUUGCAGUGAGAGCUGGUCCGUCUGUAAACACGGUACGGUACGAAAAGCUGUUUAUUUCCAGUACAGAGGAAGGCAUGAUGUGUCUGAGCAAAGGCAGAGGUUUCUCAGUGAAGCAUCGUGCCCCUUCAGUUCCUUCCUGUGCCUUUUGGACCAUCCUAACCCCGCCGUUGUCCUGACUGAGAGCCCCGUGGGUCCCGCGCGGUGCAGCAGCCCUUCCCUUUGCCAGCGCAGAGCAAUGUCGAGCUGCCGCUUCAGAGACGUGAGCAAAUUGGUCAGACCUACACUUAUUUGUAACCGAUUUCUUACUCUUUUUAUAUUUUUUUUUUCAAUCUUGAAAGUCUUCGUCCCGCUUAUAGAAAGGCGUAACCUGUGUGCUUGAAUGUGAGUCCCUACGGUGUUUCUGGAGAAGCAGAAGUAUUGCCCCCAGUGUCGUUUUCUUCUUGCCUGGUAACUUGCUGUCUGGUGUUAAUGGCAAGUCUGCAGUGUGAAAUCACAUACAAUUACCAAAGCUUUUUUAUCCCCGUAUACGUAUAGCCAAAAGUGACGUUUCAUGGAUUAGUGCUGUUACUUUUAGAUGCACCUAUACCCAUCAGUAAGCUAUCGCUAACCGAGUAAAGCAGGUACUAGUAAAAAAUGAUAGGAACUGCCCAUAGUUAAGAGAUUUGGGUGUUAAUAGUUGCUGUUUUGGUGUGCAAAAUUCAUGCCAGCAUUAAAACGAAGAGUUUGCUUUUUAAAACUCUUUUUAACUUAAUCUUACUGUUGCCAUUGUAAAAUCAAUGCAUGAGCUUGGUGACUGAACCUGGUGACUUUCACAGCCGGGUUUGAGCUUUGGGACAGGCAAGGAGCGCCACUGAGGACAAGUAGAUUUGUGACUAGAUCUGCUCUGUGCGCCACAGUAGGAGCAUUUCAGAGCUGCUGGGCAUCAGUGAUGUGACAGCCGAAUGUCACCCGCAGUGACAGGGGUGUCGAGGAGCCACAAAGGCAGCACACCAAAGGGGCCAGGCAGAGUUGCUACCCACCCGUGGCUUCUGAAUCGAAACCCUUGAUCAGAAACGAAGGAGCAGCCCCUUUCUCUUUUCACUUCCCCCACUUGGCCUGCACGGUUUAUUUUUGUUCUUUCCAGUGGGCAUAACCUAAAAUACUGUUAAAUACUGUUGGUGGUGGCCACCCAUAGCUCCCGCAUAAGGUAGGGGGUUCACGUACAGCUUUAUACAGGGGCCCCCAUUGGUUGAACCCGGGGCAGUGCAGCUCCCCACUGGCCUGGGCUCUCCCUGGCAAUGCCACACAGGGACCUGUUUGAGGGGCAGGUGGGAUGGGGGGAAUGAAGUUUCUCACGUUUCGAAGCCACCGAUGCUGUGGCUCAGGCUUAGUUUUCAUAGACUUAACUUUAAAAAGGGAGAGGAACUGGAUUAAAACACACGGAAAAACUGUAUCUCAUGAUUCAGCCCUUACGUGGAGUCCCCCGGUGGGGCUUGGGGGUCAGGGGCUUCCGUCCAGAGAGAAGGAGAAGGACACGUGCCCUCCGCAGUGGAUAUUCAUGGGAAAUAUUUCAGAGGGUUUUCAUGUCUUUUGCCCCCAAACCAGACGAUCCUUUUCCCCAGCGGUUGUACAAUGUGGAUUUAAACCCAAGGAUUGCAUUUUCUUUUCCGAUCAGGCGUUAGACAGCGGGCUCCCUACUGUUUGUUUCUCGUUAGUAGCAGUAAAAAAAAAAAAAAAAAAAAAGGUGGUGUCACCCCAAAAUGGGAGCUGUUCACGAGAGCAUCGUGUCUGUCAUCUCAGACCUGGCAGGAGUCGUACCAUGGAGUAUCACUGUAAAUACGUGGAGGAGACUUAGAUGAAUGGGAACGUAGGCUUUUAGUUUUCAUGAAGCUAUGAAUAAGAAUUUGUAAAUUUCCUCUUGAUCUAAUGUACAUUUUUACGUAGCCAUUAAAUUCUCUAUUUAAUCUAUCAGUUUCUCACUGUAAAUGUUUUUACUCUCAGUUGAAUGCUGGGCACAGUUUGUAAUGUAUGUACACAAAGGUGUUUUUUUCUAUCAACGUUGACUUUUUUGCACAUUUUUUGGAACUAUUUAAUUUGUACACUGAUUUACUACUCUGACCAAUUGUCGAUGGGUGUGUGAGAAUCACGUGCGUGUGCAAUGUACUACUGUCUGGAUGUAGGGGGGGGGGAAGGGUUUUAUUCCUUUUGGAGACGUAGCUACCAGUAACUGCACUGCUGUUGCUGCUUUAUCUUCUGUAUAAAAACAAAAAAAAAGAUUAAAAAAAUUGGCCUUGGGUUAUCUUGGUGGAGGAACUGGGGCGCCGAGCCCGGCUUAACCCCUUCCCUCCCUCCAACAACCUCCCAAACUUCUAAACCAACCAACUCCCCCCCCCCUUGUAAUUCUGUGUAUGCAUCGAAUGUGUGUGUGUAUAUAGAUAUAUCUCUUAUCUCCCAGUAAUCUUAUUCCACAAUUUCAUUUCUACAUUUUUAUGAACUUGUUUUUUAAGGGUACUAUGUUUAGUUAGAAUAAUUAAAUAUAUAAAAGCUUUGAGAGAUGAUUUACUAGAUGAAUAUAUUUUCAGCUGGCUGAUGUUCAAAAUAUUUUUUUAAUUUUUUGUUUUUAACCAUUCGAAAUGUAUUUGUAUUUCCAAAAAUCAGACACGAAUUGUACUUAGAAAUAUAUUAAAACACUCUGUAGGGA